AUGGGUGAGGAAGAAAAUAAGAAUGAGGAACCCAACCGUAUUAUGGUGUUUCUCCGCAUUCGCCCUCCCAAAAAGGGGGAGAUUGAUCCUGCGAAUGGAACGCAUUUUUUGCUUGAUAUUCAAUCGGACAACAAAACCUGUCUAUUGGAGUCAAAAACAUACACUUAUGACUACAUCUUCAAUGGAGAUGUAGAUCAAGGCGAUAUUUAUACUAGGGUGGCAGAACCUGUCAUUGGUAAUGUUUUUAAAGGUUAUUGGGGCACUGUAAUGGUAUAUGGCCAAACCGGAACUGGAAAAUCGUUUACUAUGUGUAACUUUAGCCCAAAUAAUAUGGGCAUUAUUCCACGUGCUAUGAAAGCGAUUUUUGAUUCUGUGGAAAGUGAUUCCGAAAGAAGCUUUACCAUUGUGUUCUCCUUUAUCCAGAUUUACGUUGACAAAUUGCAGGAUCUAUUUAAUCCAGAAGCCCCAGAAUUGAAAAUCAACCGAGAUAAAAAUGGAGUUUCAUUUCCUGGGAUUGUGGAGCAUGCAGUAAAGAACGAAGAAGACUUUCGUCGGCUUUAUGAUGAUGGUAAUCAAUAUCGAGUAAUUACUGCUACAAAGAUGAAUCCGGAAAGUUCUCGCGGACAUGCGGCUUUAUUUAUUCAGGUGAAAUCAGUUCCAAAAGACGAUCCAGGUGGUGAGGUUCGAAGUGGAAAACUCUUUCUUAUUGAUCUUGCCGGGUACGAACGAUUUAGUAAAACUGGUGUUCAAGAAGGUCAAAUGGCAUUGGAAGCAAAAACCAUUAACGCAUCUCUUCUUUCUCUUGGGAACGUUGUUCAAGCUUUAUCGGAUCGUUCAGAACACAUUCCCUGGCGUAAUGCAAAAUUAACUCGUAUGCUUGAGGAUGCUAUCGGUGGGCGUGCAAAAUGCAGUAUUAUCCUUACUGCAGGUCCAAGUAGUGAACACAUGCACGAAACAUUGGGUACACUCUAUUUUGGAUCUCGUGCAAUGGCGGUGAAGACGAAUGCUAAACUUGCUGUAAAUAUUGAUUAUAAGAAACUGGCUGCAAAGUUACAGGAGUUGUUAACUGCUGCGGAAGGUCGUAUUAAUACACUCGAAGUGGAGGCGACCCGGCGACAAUUGGAACGUGAAGAAGCUGAGGCUG